UCCACUGGCUAGUGAAGGGGGUCAUCGAGAUCUGACAGUACAAUUUAAAUAUGGAUAAUGAAUUCUCACUAUGCCAGGCCUGGCAACUGCUCACUACCAUGCUCCAGAAUGCCCCAUCAGGCCCACAAGAAAGCCGCGCAACAUUCAGACAGAGCAAUUAGCUUGAUUCUGAAGACAAAACAUGACCAAAACAAAAAUGGCAAUUUUUGGUCAGGGCACUGACUUGACUUUGCUGGUGCAGGGACAUCAAGUUUAAUGAUAAUGUGAUGAGUUUACACUUGACUGCUGGUCAUCCUUCAUAGAAUUGGCGCGUGACUUACUGAACUAGAAAAUGGCCCGUUUUGUACCUGGAUCAGCUUCAGAACCUACAUCUGAAAUAGAACUUACAAUUUCAUGCAGGAAUCUUUUGGAUUGUGAUGUGUUUUCUAAGUCAGACCCCAUGUGUGUUACAUACCUCAAGAACUUUGAGAUGACGGAAUGGCAGGAGAUUUCUCGGACAGAGACUAUAGACAACACGCUUAACCCUAACUUUGCUAAAAAGGUGCAUCUGUUAUACCGGUUUGAGGAGCAACAGAACAUUAAGUUCGAGGUAUAUGAUGUGGACACACAUGAUCCAAGACUGGAGAAGCAUGAUUUUCUUGGAUCCUGUGAACUAACACUCGGACAGAUUGUAUCAUCAGGAAAGGUGACAUUGCCACUGACAGGGUUGUCAUACAACAAGGGUGAGUUGACAGUUGUUGCUGAGGAGUUGUCAGUAUGCAGAGAUGAAGUUCUGUUGCAGUUCAGUGGACGGAAACUCGAUCGCAAAGACUGGUUUGGCAAGUCUGAUCCUUUCCUGGAGUUUUACAAAGUUGGUGAAGAUGGUGAAUAUCGUGUCAUACAUCGAACAGAAGUGAUAAAGUGGACGUUAAAUCCAGACUGGAAACCGUUCGUUAUAUCUGUGCGGUCACUAUGCGGUGGAGACAUGGACCGGUCCAUCAGAGUGUUGUGUUAUGACUGGAAUCGUAGUGGCAGUCACAGCAUGAUCGGAGAGUUCUUUGUGACUUUGGGCGAACUGAGCCGAGGACCCGGCCCCCACAAUGUGCAUCCAUGUAUACAUCCAGAGAAACAGCAGCGAAAAGCAUCGUACAAGAAUUCUGGUGAGAUUGUCCUCAUGCGUUAUGAAUUUAGGAAGGUAUACUCAUUCUUGGAUUACAUUAUGGGAGGCAUGCAGCUCAACUGUACCAUAGCUAUAGACUUCACAGCAUCUAAUGGUGAUCCACAGUCUCCUGAUUCAUUGCACUUCAUCGCUUCUGCUCUGCCAAACCAGUAUGAACAGGCUCUGACAGCUGUCGGGGAGAUAAUUCAAGAUUACGACACUGAUCACAUGUUUCCUGUACUGGGAUUUGGCGCUCGACUGCCUCCGGAUGGUCGAGUGUCGCACGAGUUCUUUGUGAACAUGAAACCCGACAAUCCUUACUGCAACGGAAUAUCGGGUGUGCUUGAAGCAUAUAAGAGCUGCGUCAGACAGAUUCAGUUAUAUGGACCAACCAACUUUAGUCCCGUCAUCAACCACGUAGCCAAGUUUGCCGAAAUGUAUCAGGAUGGGUCGCAGUAUUUCAUCCUGUUAAUCAUAACAGAUGGAGUCAUUACUGACAUGCCUCAAACAAAGCAGGCUAUUAUUAGGGCGUCUACUCUCCCUAUGUCAAUCAUCAUUGUUGGCGUUGGUAACGCUGAUUUCACAGCCAUGAAUGUACUUGAUGCUGAUACAAUACCUUUAGUAUACAACGGUGUUCAGGCGAAACGUGACAUCGUCCAGUUUGUGCCAUUCAGAAACUUUCAACGUCUUACAAAUGUGAAAGCUGCAAAAGCACACCUUGCAAAAGAAGUGUUGGCAGAAGUUCCAGAACAGUUAGUUGGUUACAUGAAGAGCCUGAAUAUGAAGCCACUCCAGCCGCAAACUCAACAUUCUGUACAAGCCCAUGACAUGGCUUCUCCUCCGCCAUAUUCCGAACACUAGGAGAUGCAUGUAGGGAAUACGUCUCAUUCAGCAAUCAAUAUGCCUUUGCCUUUCUCUGUUUAAGUCUGAAAUUGUAACAUGAAAAUAAUGAUAAAAUUUUUAAAUUUACUGAUUGUGAUUCUCUGUUAUGUUUUUUAUGGUCUAAAUAUUCUCCUCAGCAGUUUAUGCUCAAUCACCCUUUAUGAAUGUCUGACCCUUGGAGCGCGUGAACAAGUUUCAUGCCUGUACAGAAUUGAAUGCACUAACUGAUAGACACUUACUGCUUAUCAUGAUUUCAGUUCUUUGAGCUUGUAAUGCUGCAGGUAGUCUGUUCGGUUUCCAAUAAAACAGGUGCUUCUGAAAUGACAUUAAGUUUAAUGAGUAACAAAGAAAUGUACUAUAGUUUUGCAUUAAAUUAGUACGUUGUUAUAACAACAGUCUUAAAAAUGAACCAUCCUAUAGUGUAUAAAUGUAUAAUACAGCUAAAACAUAUAAUUUUAUUAAAAUUUAAUUUUAUAAUGAUACAAAACAAAUAGUUGAAUACCCGUUUACUCACAUUACAUUACAGUAAAUGUAUUUUUUAUAUAUGUAUUACUUAUGUAAGGCUUCAGGUUCUCACAGCACGUUGUUCUGGCUGUUACCAUGGCAACUGUAUGGAUUUAACAUUCACACAGGUUUUAGGAAGCUGCACCGGAAUGGGAUUUAUAUUUUGCCAUCACAAUUCACCACAAUUAUGUUACUAUAUACCUACACUUCAUUACGUUCAAUUGGUAGAGGUAUAAUUUGGGAUGUUGUUAUUUGAACUAUUGCACAUAAGUUUGGGCAUGUACCUAGAAUGGGCAGACAAGGAAAGCAUACAGAAUUGUGAUGAGGAAACCUGGUGUAAAAUGGUUACUUGGAAGAGCGAGGAGAUGAGAGGAUAAUAUUAAGGAAAUGGGUUGUGAAGUGGAUGGAACUAGUUCAGGAUUGUGUCCACCCAUUGGUGAACCAGGUUAAGUGAACUCAGAACCAUACAAUGUACAUUAAUAUGUAAGCUUUAACUAGUAUCUAAGUCAUUUUUCUGUUAGUUUUAUAAGGGACAACAGGAUCUUGAGUUGCAAAGACUGCUGUGACUAGCCAAGCAGAUAUAUCUUCUUUUCUGAUGUUUAAAAUGUGUUUAGAAGAGGGAUGAUGGAUUGGAGCCAUUAAGGGGAGAACUUCUUCUCUAUUUGGAGUUUCCAUAUAAUUUGGCUGCAAAAUUUAUAAAGCAACUAUAAGUAAAAUUCUGUGUAACUUCAAUAUUUAAAGACAUAUUAAGUUAAUGUUUAUUUUUAACUGCAACGUCUUUAAAGGAAUGUCGCUAAAUUAAAUUAGUAUAUGGAAGUUAAAAUAUGAGGAAAUAAAAUUAAGAAACAAAAAAUGCAAGCAACCAUUUUCUAUAGUACUGCCUCCGUGGCCCUUUUUUGAUAGUAUCCUGUAACAGUGUGAUUUAUAUUAUUAUAAGUGUUAUCUUGUUAAGUCUUUGAUAUACAACAUUAUUUUUUUAAAUUCUUUUGUCACAUAUUUUUAAUGUUAUGAUGAAUAUGUGAUUUAAAUUUGUUACGAGAACAUACGAUUAGUUUACUAUAGCUCAAUAACUAUCUGUAUUUUUGCUACAUUAUUCAUUUUAGCUACAGAUGACAAUUUACUUGUUCAUUUAGAGCUGAAAGGUGCAUUCCAGUUGGAGUACACAUAAAUUGCAAAGGAUGCACAACUCAUCAGCCUAAAUGUUCACCUGUUGGUGAUACAAAUCUUGUAGCAGGACAAUUCAAAUUAAUUUCCUUCAUCUCACUGUUUUAAAUAUUGUAUAGAUUCUCCUUAGGAACUUUUUUUGUCAGAGGUAAAUAACUAGCAGAGGUGAAUUCUUGUUUAAUGAUUAUUAUGACAAAUGUGAUGAUAUACAGGGUGUGAUGAUGCCAAACUGCACUUUUUCCUCCCAAGCUGUGACUGAAUCACUGCACAUUGGUUAUGGCAUUUUUCUUUCACAGGGAUGUUUAUAUUGUGUAAAAUGUUUAUUUGAUAAAGGUACUUAAAAAUUAUUUUUCUUGCCAGAAUUAUACUUUUAUAUCUCAGUGGUUAUCGUUCAUAAAACUGUGUAAUACUUUUAUAAAUAUUUAUAUCUUCUAUGGCUACAGAAUAUAUAUUAACUGAAAA